AAUAUUGAUGGCGUAUUCACGGUAACGCGCCACUCGACGGCAUUGGAAACCAUAGCGAGGGUAUAAAAGAGCUCGUUCCGAGAGACGACCCGCGACAGAAUUAUCUGGUUCAGUGUGCGGCUAAGCCACCCCCGUACGAAGACACAAUGCUCGCAAAGCUCAUCUUCCUCAGUAUUGUGGCCUGCGCCAUGUCGCAGCUCAUUUACCCGGAGCCCAUCUACCCUCCACAGCCGUACCACUUCAGCUACGACUCGGUGAACCCCUUGGAGGGUGGACACCACUACCACGAGGAGACCAGCGACGAGACCAACUCGCGCACGGGCUCGUACGGAUACACGGACGCGUUCGGCGUCUACCGCCGCGUGGAUUACGUCGCCGACGCCGGAGGCUUCCGUGCGUCCGUGUCCACCAACGAGCCGGGCACCGCUCCCAGUGCUCCGGCCGAUGCCUUCUACUCCAACCCGGCUCUGACCGCUGUGCCCGCAUCGUAGUAAGCACCACAAAAUAAAGGAACUUCCAACAGCUUCAGUGAAA